AUGGGUGUAUACGGAGGCUUGGGACCUAUGACCAAUGCGGUUAUGUGGCUAGAAGCCGUUAUUAUUGCAUUCUUUGUGGGACUAAGACUCUAUACACGGAAAGAAAUCCUCAAUUCCGUUGGACUUGAUGAUUAUCUGGUUUGCUUUGCUCUGGUUCUUCACCUCCUCUAUACUAUCUUCGUCACCAUAGGAACGUACUACGGCCUGGGCCAAUUGUACGUCACCGUUGGUGAUCCAACCAUCUAUUUCACUGCGGUGAAGUACGAGCUCUUCAGCCAGGUAGCUGGUCUCAUGGUCAUUGGUGUUGGUAAGGCAGCUGUGGGAACGUUCCUUCUUCGCAUCGUGCGAAACAAGAUCCAUAUUUGGGUUAUCUGGGGCUGCCUCUUCAUUACGGCGGCCCUCACACUCUUUGCAAGCAUCGCUGUCAUUGUACAGUGUGUGCCAGUUCAAAAGUCUUGGAACCCAUCUACUCCAGGAACAUGCUGGCUUAACUUUUCCAAUGUUGGCUACACUGUCGGCUCGUGGUUCGUUGCCGCCGACUUCUCCUUUGCUAUUCUCCCCUGGUUCGUGGUCUGGGACCUGAACAUGAAAAGAAAGGAGAAAAUUACAGUCGCCGUUGGCCUCAGUCUUGGAAUAUUUGCCGGAAUAUGCGGUAUCGUCCGGACGGUUGCGCUAUCAGGUUUAGAUGCAUCCGAGUACAUCUAUGACACCGUGCCAAUGCUCAUUUGGUCCGCGACUGAGAGUUGCGUCACAAUCAUGUGCUCCACAAUUCCCGUCCUCCGCCCUCUCUAUGUCCGCGUUAGAUACGGCAAGGAUGGCAAGGAUGGCUCUUCCGGCGAUAACUCUUAUAAGCUGCCGAUGUACGGCAGUGGUGGUCAAAACUCUAGUGGUAGGCAUUAUGGCCAGCUUUCAAAAUAUGGUUUCAACACUUCUAUCCUGGAGUCAAAAAGCUAUAAUCAGCAGACUGUUAUCCAACCCACCAGAACUCAUGAUAGUGAUGAAGUUAUUCUCCGGAGUCCUGCCCGGAUUGAGAGGACGGAUGAGAUUUCCGUGAGUUAUGAGGCAUUUGGCGACAAGGUCUAG